CUUUACCAAGAACCUCUCUCCAGACAAAAUCAACCUGAGCACGCUGAAAGGGCAAGGGCAGCUGACCAACCUGGAGCUGGAUGAAGAGGUGCUGCAGAAUGUGCUGGAGCUGCCCACCUGGCUGGCCAUCACUCGGGUCUACUGUAACAAGGCAUCUAUCAGGAUCCAGUGGACAAAACUGAAAACACACCCAAUCUGCCUGUACCUGGAUAAAGUGGAGGUGGAGAUGCGAACAUGCGAAGAGCCUCGGCCACCCAACGGACAGUCGCCCAUUGCUCUUGCUGCAGGCCAAAGUGAAUAUGGCUUUGCUGAAAAGGUCGUGGAGGGGAUGUUUAUCGUUGUCAAUUCCAUCACCAUCAAGAUUCACUCCAAGGCCUUUCAUGCUUCUUUUGAGCUAUGGCAGCUCCAAGGCUACAGCGUCAACCCAAACUGGCAACAGAGUGACUUGCGCCUCACUCGCAUUACUGAUCCGCAGAGAGGAGAGGUUUUGACAUUCAAAGAGCUCACCUGGCAGACACUUCGGAUAGAAGCAGAUGCCACUGACAACGGCGAUCAGGAUCCUGUUACUACUCCUCUGAGACUCAUUACCAACCAGGGGAGGAUCCAGAUCUCUCUCAAGAGAAGGACCAAAGAUUGCAAUGUGAUGGCAUCUAAGCUGAUGUUUCUCCUUGAUGACCUGCUCUGGGUGCUGACAGACUCUCAGUUGAAAGCAAUGAUGAAAUAUGCAGAGUCUCUGAGUGAAGCCAUGGAGAAGUCUGCCCAGCAGAGGAAAAGCUUGGCACCAGAGUCUGUACAGAUCACACCACCUGCUCCAAGUACCCAGCAGUCCUGGUCUCAGCCAUUUGUAGUCAACCCGAAUGCAAGUAGCAUUGGUCAAUACUUUGAUAAGCAUGACAUGAAAGAGUCAUCGUACCACCUCCUCAUCUCACGCUUGGAUCUGCAUAUCUGUGACGACAGCCACACUCGAGAGUCAGGUGCUUUCAAGCAUGGAAUGCUGGGAGGUGCCAUGCAGCUGACCUUCAGGAGGAUGGCUUUUGACUAUUAUCCUUUCCACAGGACAGGAGAUGCCUGCAAGCAUUGGGUGAGGUACAGUGAAGCAAUGGAAACGCGGGGACAGUGGGCGAAGAAGUUGGUCAGUGAAUUUCAAAGCAAGAUUGAGAAGCUUUAUGAAGAAAUGGACCCUGCAUUUGCCAGGACUCCACUUUCCCCCUUCAAAAGCAAACCAGAUACCUCGUUGAGUCCUCAGAAAAGUUCCUUAGAGAAAGGCCGUGUACCUCCCACAAGCUUGCCACGACUCCGGCACCCUCCCUGGAACCGGCUUCGAUCCAGCUGUGUGGUAGUUCGAGUGGAUGACUUGGAUGUUCACCAGGUUUCUACAGCUGGUCAACAAAGUAAGAAACCCUCCACCUUGCUUUCAUGUAGUAGAAAAUUCUUCAAACUUCCUGAUCAGGUCUCUGCAAUCCAUAUUGAAUUCACAGAGUAUUACUUCCCAGACAAUCAGGACUUUCCAGUUCCGUGCCCAAACCUGUAUGUACAACUGAAUGGCCUGAUGCUUACCUUGGAUACAGCAAGCGUGCUCUGGAUAAACCUCUUCUGUCUGGAUCUUUAUCGCAGCUUGGAGCAGUUCAAAGCUAUCUACAAGCUGGAGGACUCGGGCAAGCAUGAUGAGCAUGUUGAUGUUCGACUGGAUGGCUUCCGACUGAAGCUUAACAUCCCUGUGGAGAAGAAAGUUGCUGACCAUCAGGAUCGUCCACAGGCACUCUGCAUUUGCACGUCGGAGGUGACUGCCACCAACACCCGCCACGCUCCCUUCUGCAGCUGUCAGGACCUCCAGAACCUUUUCCGUAGAUUUGCCAGUUCAGAAUUCUUCCACUCUAGCUACACGAAGUUUCCAAGGUCUAGGGACAAUUUCAGCCUCCUCCACACCCUUUUCUUGCGCCAUGCCUAUGAGGUGGAUGAUAGGCCACGGAAGCAUCCAGGCUUUCCCCAGCUACUACACAAAACCUCUGCCUCUGAAGAUCUGUGGUCUAUGAAUUUCACUGAGCUUUCCCUGGACUUUGAGGGGGCUGAAAGCUCAAAGGGCAGAGCCCUUAGCUUCAUUGACCCAUUUCCCCUUUCCAUUUGGGCCUGCCUUCCCAAGAGAUGGGGACAAGCUCAGAUAUCUAAACGACAGGAAUUGGUGGCCUCUGGGUUGAAAAUCAAGCCUUCUGCCAGCUUUAGCAAUCACUCCAAAAAUGAGAAUCUUUCUGGAGAACAUGGGGUUUGUCAAAGAUCAAAGACUGACCAGGAUCUGAAGAACAUCUACAAGGUCCCAGAGACAAUGGAUGUCUUGGGAGAAUCUGACUGCGAAGUUGAUGAUGGAGUAGAUAAUAAAGAGCUGGAAACCUCUGCUGAUAUCCAUGUGCUUGUGUCCUCAUCUGUUCACGUCAAAGUGCGGCUCAACCACUACCAAUACUUGGUGCUGCUCAGGAUGAAAGAAGUUCUGCAAACACUACAGGAGCAGUUGGCCCGAGAUACCCAGGAAGUGACUGGGUCUCCUUUAGAUCCCAUGUCUGCUUGUGUAGGAGUUAUGUUCCAUAGUGCCGAAGUGGCCCUGCUCAUGAACCCUGCACCAGGCUCUGUCUUGGAACCCAGAUCCCUUGACUCGGACACAACAAGCCUGAUCGAGUCUGAGCUCUCGCCUUCAGACAGCAAGGAGGGGCUGGUGCCUGAAGAGAAGGAGCUGAAAUCAGAGACCAGUUCAGAGAAGGGAGUAUGCAGUACCUCAGUGGUCCUAGAGGACAGUGGGAUUGAAAAUACCAGUGUAACCAGUAUGCCACUGGAGAAACUCCCAAGAUCCGCAAGUGAUGGAGCUCUGAGUACAGCUCCACAUAGUAAGAGCAUAGAGGAGAAAGGUUUGAUAGAGGAAGCCCAUGAAGCUGUGGAAGCCCUGGUUGCAGAGAGACCAGCAGAGACCAGCAGCCACCCUCAGAGCCCCCUUGCUCUCCCCUCUAGCCCAGCCUCAGACACGCAGCCCUUGGGGAGAGGAAACAUCGCUCUCAAUGGCCAGGCAGAAGUCAUCCCUUUGAAGAACAUAGAGGUGGAGCUGUCUAGUGCACUGCACAUCACAAAGGAUGCCACGAAGGAAGCCCUGCAUGUGACUAUGGACCUCACCAAAGAAGCCAUGUCUAUAACAAAAGAUGCUCUGAGCCUGAGCCGGGAGAAGAUGACCUCCACCGUGCAGAAAAUGCUCUCUCUCCCCCCAGCCAAGGAUUCUGUGCCCAAGGCAGAAGAGGGAGCAGUGACUCCAGGUGGGGGUGGCAGCAGCCGAAUGCGUUUCUUCUCGAUGAAGAGGACAGCAUCCCAGCAUUCCUUUGACACCACAUCCGUGGAUGGGAGCGGCCCUGAGGAUGGGCUGUCCGUGGACAGCGAUGGCAGCGACGGCUUUGUGAUGCUCACAGACUCGGAACCCAGCCUGGACCCUCUUCCCUCAGGGCAUCUUCCUCAGGUCCACAAUGACACAGGCAGUAGAACAAGCCUGAUGGCAGAGGACGAGGGUGGAGUGUCUCCUGAAAUAAACAGCUCGACUUCACAGAGUGAAGACCCCAGCCUUCAGCUGGUGUCUGUCCUCGUGUUGAAGAUGAACGAGGUGAACUGUGGAAUAGAGGCACAAGGUGAUGAUUUGUCUGUUGCUUUACAAGUAACGAAGGUGGUUCCAGAGCAACUGAGCAACGUUGGAAUGUGGCAGUAUCUGCGUGGCUAUCUGGGAGAUCCAGGGAUAGAGAAGCUUUCGGUCCCUGAAGCUAGUAAGACCCAGCCAGAAGUGUGCUUACGUCUGGAAGUAGGACCUAACGCUGCCGUGCGUUCCCCACUCGCUGUUCAGAACGGCUUCCUUCAUAUGCUGGUCCACAGUUACACAGCAGAGCUAUUCAUGUCCUUCCUUACCAACCUGGGCCCCUUUCUUGAGGAUGAAAUAAUUCCAGAGGUGAUCCCCAUGGAGAUAGAAGUUGUGGAUGCCAAAAUCACGUUGAAGGAUGACAGCCCCCGGGUAUACCCUACCUCCCCUGGCCCUGUCCCUAUCACCUUGGCAGUAGAUCAUGUCAUUGUGAAGCGCAAAGACGAUGGGGUGUUCUAUCUAACAGCUCCGCAAGGGGAGGGCUCACUGAAACAGGAAAAACCUGUGUCAGUUCUUCAGGAACAGGAGGCCCCAGCGGAGUGUGUCUUGGCAGCCCCAGCAGCAGGAGCACGUGGACUGCAGUUAAAAGAAGUGCCAGAGUUGCAAAGGGAGCUUCAGACCAUGAAAAUAGCCCUUGCAGAAGCCAACAUGGACAAGGCUCGCCUUCUGCAGGAAAUUAGGAAAUACAAUCCCCUCUUCCAGCUUUGA